GUACACAACCCAGAUUGAAGUUAGACUGAAGUUAACUAAAGCAAAAAGUUGAUCAUGAACUACGCAUAGUUGAGAUUUCAUGUUGCUCCAGUGGCCAUGGACAAACCAGUAUGCCUGAUUGACACGGCGUCCGAUGGGAAGCUGUGUGUCCAGCAGUCAGCGUUGCAGGUUCUGGAGCAGGUCCAGCAGCCCGUGGUGGUGGUGGCUGUGGUGGGUCUCUACCGCACCGGGAAGUCCUACCUGAUGAAUCGACUGGCAGGGAAACAAACAGGGUUUGCACUGGGCAGCACAAUUGAGUCCAAGACGAAGGGCAUCUGGAUGUGGUGUUUGCCUCACCCCACUAAAGCAGGAACCACUCUGGUGCUGCUGGACACCGAGGGACUCGGGGACGUGGACAAGGGGGACUCAAAGCAUGAUACCAAGAUAUUUUCUCUAUCUGUCCUUCUGAGUAGCACUCUAGUGCUGAACAGCCAAGGGACAAUCGACAACAGAGCUAUUGAAGAACUGCAAUAUGUCACAGAGUUAACUGAGUAUAUCAAGAUCAAAUCCUCUGAUGAGGAUGAAGACGAUGAGUUUGUCAAGUUCUUCCCCAGUUUCAUCUGGGCUGUAAGGGACUUCACCCUAGAACAAAAAAUAAAAGGCAAAUACGUGACCGAGGACCAAUACUUGGAAUUUUCCUUGAAGCUGAAACCAGGCGCUUCAAGAACAGUCAACGAGUUCAACCUUCCACGGCAAUGUAUCCGAAAUUAUUUCCCAUCCCGGAAGUGCUUCACUUUCCCUUUCCCAACCGCCCCAGAGAAUGUGUCUCAUCUGGAGAGCUUGGAUCCUGUGGACCUUUCCCCAGAUUUCCAGGAGGUCACACAACGUUUCUGCAAGUUUGUCUUUGACAAGAGUGAAGUGAAGAAGCUGAAGGACGGAUACACCGUCACUGGCAGAGUCCUGGGUCAGUUUGCGAAGACAUAUGUAGACAUGAUUUCAAGCGGUGAAGUUCCAUUUCUGGAGAACGCAGUGAUGGCCAUGGCACUGAUUGAGAAUGAGGCCGCGGUGAAGGAGGGGCUUGAGGUGUACCAGAGUGGAAUGGAGAAGCUGAAGACGUCCUUCCCUCUGGAACUGAAGGAAGUAUCAUCAGAGCACCAGUAUCUCAGCAGGACUGCAACACAGGCCCUAAUGAAGCGUUCCUUCAAGGACAGUGAGGGGACAUACCUGAAAUCUCUAGAGGAAGGCAUUAAUAAACUCUUUCAUGGAUACUUGUAUCAAAAUGAGGAGGCUUCAAGGAAAAGAUGUGAGAAUAUUCUGUCAUCCCUCUCUGGAACAAUGACAGAGAAGCUGAAGAAAGGAUCCUAUGCCAUACCUGGUGGCUAUGUUCUCUUCUCCCAGGACCUUGAAGACAUUGUGAAGAAAUAUAAAAUCCAAGCCAAUAAAGGAGUCAAGGUAGAAGACACACUUGAAGAGUUUCUGAAGCAGAAGUCGGUGGAGUCUAAUGCAAUUCUGCAGGCUGACAAUAAACUGACGGAGAAGGAGAAAAAAAUUAUGGAGGAAAGAGAGAAGGCCGUUCUCCUGGCUCAAGAAAUAAACACCAAGGAACAGAAGCAGCGACAGCUAGAAGAGAAGAUGGAAGCAGAGAGAAGGAGUAUUGAAGAGAGGAUGAGACAGAUGAGGGAGAAGAUGGAUGAGGAGAUGAGGCUUCAGAGAGAGGAGGCCGAGCAUGCCAUGGACAGCAAACUGAGGGAGCAGGCCGCUCUGCUGGAUAAGGGCUUUCAGGAGAAGGCUGACAGGAUGUCUGAAGAGAUGGAGGACUUCAGGAGGAAGAAUAAAAACGCAGAGAAGGAAAGUCACAAACUGUUUGAAAAGAUGAUAGCAAACAUGAACAAACGACACGCUGAGACUAUGAAUCUCAUGAAGAGGCAACACAGCGAGCAGAUGGAGGCAAUCAUGAGCAUGCCGAAGCCCUCGUCUGACUCCUCCGCUCUAGUCUUACGUCUGCUACUCAUUGGUCUCAGCAGCAUUACCGGUGGCUCGCGUCCCUGUUAAAGCAGCCAUCUAUCUCUGUUGAAGCCAUCUGUCUGACAGAUGCUUUCAGCCAAAGCAAUGUACAUGUUAGAUGAAUGAACUAGUGAUGGAGGCUGCCCAUCAGGGUUCCAUAUCAUCAGGAGCAAGUGGAGUUCAAUGCCUUCUGUAAUACUGGAAACAUUAUGUGUUUUACAGUGAAUUUCUGGCAGCUGACACUUUUUAAUCCCCUUUAUCUUUAUUCCAAAGACAAAUGCUAUUGUUUGUACAGAAACUGUAUUUUAAUAUUAUUAAUCCCUCCCCAACCAACCCAGAACAAACUGCCUAAUAUAAAUAAUAAUAAUAAUAAUAAUAAUGAUAAUAGUGAUCACAAUAAUGGUAAUAGAAUACAACAAAGAUGAAUGAUUUAAUAGUUAAAUAAUGAUGAAAAAUAAAGUAAUUAAAAAUAAAUAAAUAAAUAAAAAGGUAAUUGGAUACCACAAUCAGGAAUAUUACAAUGUCAAUUCGCUGUAAUGAACAACAUAAACACUGCAUAAGAGAGGGGUGAAAAAGAAAGAAGAAAUUGCAAUAACAAUGUAAAUCACAUUAAUCCACAGGAAGUACAUUUUUAUCAGAGAAUUAUGAUAAGGUAUAACAUUAAAUCCUGAAGCCAGUGUGACACUUUGGGCAGAUUUGUAGAUUUCCAAUGUAAUAAAACUUGUCUGCGAGCCAAUGAGGAUGCAAAGGAAAUAAUGUUUAGUUGUCUUUGAGUCAAAUUUGAUUCAUCACCUGGAGCACCAAAUAUUGCAAAUUCAGCACAUGGCUUCAGCAGGGCUUCACACACUUUAGAAAGUGCAGCAAAUAUGGUUGACCAGUACGCGUAAGUGUGGGGCACGUCCAGAACAUGUGAGUCAGGUCUGCUUCACCUGUGUGACACCUAAUACAGGUCCUGUCAAAAGUAGGAUUAAAGGAGGCAAUCCGUGUUCUGCUUAAAUGCAUACGGUGCAAUACUUUAAACUGCAUUAAACUCAAUCGGGCACAAGAGGUACUUCCGUUCACUCUACGGAGGGCAUUGCUCCAAAAAUCCUCUGAAAAUACUACUCCGAGCGCUUUGUCCCAUCUGCUUCUAAUCUUGUCUGUUCCAACACAUUUUAAGGACAUAAGAAUUAUAUAUAUUCUUGAAACAAGGCCUUGUAGAUGGUAGGGUACUUUUAACAGAGAGUCUUCAGGAGACUCUGAGGGAAUAUUUGGAAAUGACGUGCACUGGGCAUUCACACAAUGAUGUAUCUGAAAAUAAGGGAAAAGGUUGGCUGAAUUAAGAGUGAAUUUGAAACGCAGAUCAUUAAAGCUUGCAAAAAGACCAUCAAUAUAAAGAUCGCCAAACUGAGUGCACUUAUCUUGCCACUGUUUAAAUGCAGAGUCUAGUUUUGCAGGCAGGAAUGCAUGAUUGUUGCAUAUUGGACUCAAGGGCGCUUGUCUUAAGUUCUAAUGCUGA